AUGUCGGGACGACGGGAUUUCUUGAGCCAGCCGCCGCCUGAAAACUACGUUGCGGGUCUCGGUCGAGGAGCGACCGGCUUCACGACAAGAUCCGAUUUAGGUCCUGCUCGCGACGGCCCCAGCGAGGACCAAAUCAAGGAAGCUCUCGCCAAGCGUGCUGCGAAGCUAGGUAUCGUUCAGGAUGGGAAGGGGAAGGAUGGUAAGAAGGGAAAGGAAGAAGAGGAAGUGGAGGAAGACGAAACAAGAUACCAGGACCCCGACAACGAGGUAGGCCUCUUCGCCGGCGGCGUCUACGACAAGGAUGACGAGGAAGCGGACCGUGUGUGGGAAUGGGUGGAUGAGCGCAUGGAUAGAAGGAAAAGACAACGAGAGGAACGUGAGAAGGCCGAACUGGACGAGUUUGAGCGGAACAACCCGAAGAUCCAACAGCAGUUCACGGACCUCAAACGAGCGCUUAGCACCGUCACGGACGAGGAGUGGGCGAACCUCCCCGAGGUUGGAGACUUGACCGGAAAGAAUCGACGCAGCAAACAGGCGUUGCGUCAGCGAUUCUACGCGGUGCCGGAUAGCGUACUCGCAGCGGCUCGGGACGCCAACGAGAUGAGCACAACGGUCGCGGACAGUGGGACCACGUCGGGGCAUGGCGAUGGCGGCGACGGCACAAUGACCAACUUUGCCGAAAUCGGCGCCGCGCGCGACAAGGUGCUCAAGUCAAGACUGGAACAGGCGUCGCAAAGUGCCGGCACCGACUCGGUCGCAGGCAGUGCCUCGACCAUCGACCCGCAGGGAUACAUCACGAGCCUCAACAAGAUGCAGAUGAACGGCCAAGCGCAGGUUGGCGACAUCAACCGUGUGCGGGAGUUGCUGCAGUCGGUCGUCAAGACGAACCCGAACAACGCGCUCGGGUGGAUCGCGGCUGCGCGUUUGGAAGAACUCGCGGGCAAAAUCGUGGCGGCGAGGAAAACGAUUGACAAGGGCUGCGCGCAGUGCCCAAAGAGCGAGGACGCGUGGCUCGAGAACAUUCGACUGAACCAUGAAUCCCCCAAUGCGAAAGUCAUCGCCCGCCGAGCCAUCGAAUCGAACCCGAGGUCGGUCCGGCUUUGGGUGGAGGCGAUGGGGCUGGAGAACAUCCCGAACAACAAGAAGCGCGUGAUCCGCCAGGCUCUGGAUCACCUGCCGGAGUCCGAGGCUCUCUGGAAGGAGGCGGUAAACCUGGAAGGCAACCCGGACGACGCGAAGCUCAUGCUGGCCAAGGCAACCGAGCUCAUCCCCCUGUCGGUGGACUUGUGGCUCGCGUUGGCGCAGCUAGAGUCGCCGGAGAACGCGCAAAAGGUUCUCAACAAGGCUCGAAAGGCCGUGCCCACAUCGUACGAGAUCUGGAUAGCCGCCGCUCGUCUGCAGGAGCAGCUCGGUCAGGCGGCCAAGGUCAACGUGAUGAAGCGCGCGGUGCAGGUUCUCGCCAAGGAAUCGGCCAUGCCGACGCGCGAGGAGUGGAUCGGCGAGGCCGAGAAGUGCGAGGAGGAAGGGGCAACAAUGACGUGCGAGAACAUCAUCCGCGAGACGCUGGGUUGGAAGCUGGACGAAGACGACGACCGCAAGGACACGUGGAUGGAAGACGCCAGGGCAAGCAUCAACCGGGGCAAAUACGAGACGGCCCGGGCCAUAUACGCCUACGCGCUACGGGUGUUCAUCCACAGCAAGACGAUGUGGACGGCGGCGGCGGACCUCGAGAGGAACCACGGGACUCGAGAGUCGCUGUGGCAGCUCCUCGAAAAGGCGGUCGAGGCUUGCCCGCGAAGCGAAGAGCUGUGGAUGAUGCUGGCCAAGGAGAAGUGGCAGGCGGGCGAGGUGGACGGCGCUCGACUCGUCCUCAAGCGGGCCUUCCAGCAGAAUCCCAACAACGAAGACAUCUGGCUGGCGGCCGUCAAGCUCGAGUCGGAGAGCGGCAACGUCGACCAGGCGCGCGAGCUGCUUUCCAUUGCGCGCGAGCAGGCAUCGACCGAUCGAGUGUGGAUGAAGAGCGUCGCGUUCGAGAGGGUGCACGGGGCGGCCGAGGCGGCCCUGGACAUGGUCCUCACGGCGCUCCAGAAGUUCCCGGCUUCACCUCGGCUGUGGAUGCAAAAGGGCCAGAUCUACGAAGACCUGGGCAAGACGGGCCAGGCUAGGGAUGCGUACGCGACGGGCGUCAAGGCGGUGCCCAGCUCGGCGCCCCUCUGGCUCCUCUACUCCCGUCUGGAGGAGAAGGCAGGCCUGACGGUCAAGGCCCGUUCCAUCCUCGACCGCGGCCGGCUCGCGAUUCCCAAGAGCGCCGAGCUCUGGUGCGAGUCCGUUCGGCUGGAGCGGCGAGCGGGCAACAUGCCGCAGGCCAAAUCGAUGAUGGCCCGGGCGCAGCACGAGGUGCCCAAGAGCGGGCAGCUGUGGGUGGAGCAGAUUUGGCACCUGGAACCCCGGACGCAGCGCAAGCCGCGCAGUCUCGAGGCCAUCAAGAAGAUGGACAACGAUCCGCUGCUCUUCGUCGGCGUCGCGCGCAUCUUCUGGGGCGACCGCAAGCUCGAGAAGGCGCAGAACUGGUUCGAGAAGGCGCUCGUGCUCGACCCGGACUGCGGCGACAGCUGGGCUUGGUACUAUCGAUUUCUCUGCCAGCACGGCACGGACGAGAAGAGGGAGGAGGUGGUGAGCAAGUGCGUGCAAAACGAGCCCAAGCACGGCGAAGCAUGGCAGCCAAUAGCCAAGAAUCCCCUGAACGCGCUCAAGGGAACCGAGGCGAUCCUGAAGCUCGUCGCAGCAGGGCUGGAUUCGUGA